UUUGUUGGUGUCUUUGGACAAAAUAAUAUGUUGGUACUUGUGAUUGGUGAUUUUUUCAUACCUUAUCGUGCCCACAAUUUGCCUCAAAAGUUUCGUAAACUGCUUGUACCGAAUAAGAUGCAACACAUUUUGUGCACUGGAAAUGUUUGCACUCAAGAAACGAUGAAUUAUUUAAAAACAUUAACUUGUGAUGUCCAUUGUGUUCGUGGCGACUUUGAUGAGGAUACUUCUUAUCCUGAUAUGAAAGUAAUCCCUGUUGGUCAUUUCAGGAUUGGACUCGUCCACGGCCACCAAUUUAUUCCGUGGGGCUAUGGAAUUGGCUGCUCAACAAAUGGGUGUUGAUGUUCUUAUUUCUGGUCAUACUCAUGAAUGUGCUGUUUUUGAUAAAGAUGGCAUAUUCUAUAUAAAUCCAGGUUCAGCGACGGGCGCAUUUUCAUUAAUCAAAGACAAAGUCAUCCCCUCAUUUAUUGUAUUGGAUGUUCAAACUGAUGUUAUCAUUGCCUAUAUAUACAGACUUCUGGAUGAUGAAGUGAAGGUUGAGAGGUCUCAAUUUAAGAAGAGUGGACAUUCAAUUGGUUUUACUUAA